GCUUCUUUCACGCGUGGACUCAUCUUCGCGGUUAAAGCGCAUGCCGUAGUUUUAAGAUCGUCGCGAGUCUGCAGUGUUUUUCCAUAGUAUUCUUUGACGGAUUCUUCUACGGCGAUUUCUUUGUUCUCAUGCAACGCAGUUUUGCACGAGUUCGCGUCGUUCGCAUUAUUGCAGCACGCCAUUUUUGAAACGGUGAAGUGACGUUCCUGAGUGUAUACUGGAAGGGAACUGCGUGGGGAAACGGAUUCAACGUUGUCUUUACUUGUGCGGAGCAUGCGCUUCAUUCACAAAGCUACGAAUGCUUGGGGUCUUGUUCCGUGGAGUGCAGCAGGCAAGAGAGUGAAGAGAUCAACAGCAAAUGUACGUCUCCCUUUCUGCCGUUUACAGCCUGAGGGAGGUGAACGACUUCUGAAGUUAAUUUUUGUUCCUUAUCGGUGUGGGGCAGUUGGAAAGAAUAGGAGCUCCCUGAAAAGGCUUAUAAUAUUGGAACAAGUUCAAGGUGAAACUCGCGCGAUAGUAUACAGCAUGAGUCCCCACCCAUAUGUUACCUUCCAUCGUUUCUGUAGUCUUACAGCACAUUAUACUGUAUUUCGAUGGAGUUUCAGCCAUUCAAUACUGUACUCCAUUUCAAAUAUGCCCUUCACAGUCCAAUGCGCCAUUUGCACCUUUCAGUUUCCUGAGAAAUCUAUACAAAGUCAUCGUUUUUCUCGAAAAUACACACCUUGUGGAUCAUACAUAUCUUAUACACUGGAAAACAUGUAUCUUUCGCUUUUUUUGUGAAGUCAUGUUCCACACCCGAAGGGAACUGAGUGCAGCAUGAGCCCCCUACUAAGCUGAUCCGUAAUUCAUACCAUGCCAUUCAUAUAUAGCACCCUGAGUUUGUUAGCUUUACAACAUGAUACUCUUUUUUCGAAGUUGUCGGUCCGGAAAAUGUGGCUUGAACAUUAAAUUGAUGAUGUUGAUGUCGGUGAGCUUGUCUUUUUGCAGGAGAGUAAGAAAGGAGCAUGAUGACAGCGGAAACCUGAACUCCCAUUCCAGCUAAGAUACGCACAGCAGUUGAACCUCGAAAACUCGUCGAACCUCCGUGCGUCAAAUAUUACCUCCCUAUUUUAACUUUUUGAUUACGACGAAUUCGCUUCUGUAAAGAUUCCUGCACAAUAGCCACAAACAUUAGAAUAUAUUUGGAAAAAAAUUACGAUGAAGUUUUUUUCCUGAAUGAACCUAAUAAUGGCGUUGUUGCAACAAACAACUCGCAGUAUAUUUGUAUAUUCAAUAUACUGAUGACAGAAAUUCAGUUGGAAGUGAAUUAUAGAUAAGCUUUGGGAAGAAAAUAAUGGCUGGAUAUCAGGGAGUAGAUCCAGUGAUCGUUCCUUCUUCCUUCGGACGAUAGUAGUUGUGAAGCAGUGAUGGAUGCUCGGGGUGAUUCAUGCUGCUGGUGCUGCUAUAGACCUGAAAAUCAUUAAUAUCCUGGGGAAUUAGGAAUAAAUGUUGACGCAAUUCGUAUCACAGGAGGGUUAGGAAAAAAGUAACAAGAUAGUGAACGAAUUCGACAUCAUCCAAACAACCGCAAGUGUGCUCUUCUCCCUUCUUUUUGGAGAGCAGCAGAUGGAACAGAGUUAGCCUUUUCGGAACCUUUUCUGAUAUUGCUUAUACGAUACUUGAGAAAUGUCAGGAAAUCGGUGUCAUUCAAGAGACAGACUUUUUUUUAAUCAGGGAGAUGAAAAUGGAAAUAUUGUAGCAUCCUCGCGACAAUUUUUCUUUUUCCCCUUCUUUGAUUUACAGAUUCGCUCAUCGUACAGGGUCAGAAUAUCAGAAAUAUACUCUUCCACUUUUAGAAGUUGGUAGAAAACUUAUUUUCAGCUAUGAUUUUACAAUUUUCCCCAUUUCUUUGAUGCGCAGCUUUCUCGCCUUCCUCUGACACAGAAUUGAUACAGUACUUGGAAAAUCGUCCCCGUUUUCUUGUCGGUAUACAGUAACCGGUGGAAAUCCGUGUUAAUCCUGCUCAAAACCUUAAUUGGCAAUGUUUCGACGCUUGUACAUCAUUAGUGUUUAUUUUGUGUUUUUGCUUAUUGAAGAAUCACAAUUGCUGGUUCAGGAACUAGAUUUCGAUCAGUUCUGCUCCAUGAACUCCACGUUCGGACCAUCGGGACUACAUUGUACGUAUUCGACGCGUGGGAAAGUUUACUUGACACUGGCUCCAGCGAAAGUGGAAGUGGUUUCUGAAUCACCCGAGAUUUUAAUAUUCCACCAUGUUGUCGGUGAACCUGAAAUAAUCGUUUUCAGGGAUUUGGCGCUACCGAAGCUUGUUCCAGCCAUGAUGGUUGAUGAGGAAAGCGGACGGUUGAUCCUAUCGAGUGAAAGAAUCAGCAAUUUGACCUGGUUGUCUCGAGAUUCUAAUCCCACGAUAGCUGCAGUUACGAGAAGAAUCGGAUUAUUCAGCGGACUGAAUAUCGCAGCAGCAGAAAGUUUUCAAGUAGCUUUAUACGGGAUCGGAGGCCAGUUUUUGCCUCACAAGGACUUUUUUGAAGAUGAAUCCGGCGGUUACGUGCAAAACGUGAAUGAAAUGGGCGACCGAGUCGCAACUUGGCUGAUGUAUUUGAGUGACGUUGAAGCCGGGGGCUCGACAGUGUUUCCAGAUGCGGGCGUUGCCGUGCAGCCCACGAAAGGCUCUGCUGUGUUCUGGCACAACUUGCUUAGGAACGGGCACGGGGACUUUCGAACGGUUCAUGGUGGUUGUCCUGUGAUUAGGGGAUCGAAAUUGAGCCAAGAAUAUUUCUAUUCCUCUCAGCUGACCGCAUACAUUCUUCUUUUGCUUCAUGCUUCAACGCAGAAUCCAGCCACGCAUCACAACGUGUUUCCAUCUCCGGAGAGUCUAAAGAGGGCAGGGCCGUCCAAGAUGUCUGUCCCUCCCAAAUCCUGGAGCAGGGAUAUACAAGCUUGGAUGAGCAAUCAUGCUGCUCGCCAUCGCGAUCGGUUUGUGCGUGGUUAUUGCGCUUGUUUGGGCAUCCAUGAGGAGGCCGAAAGAUUACCCGCCAGGUACUUACGUCCCCCGAAAUGGCCGCUGCUCGGAAACACACUUUCCGUUCUCCUGGAUGACUUGUCUUUCCACGAAGUAAUUCAGAAGACGUCCAAGAUUUAUGGUCCCGUUAUGAGCAUGAAAUUUGGGCAGCUGGAAUUUAUAGUUCUUUCGGACUACGACAUCACAAAAAAUGUAUUGGCUCGGGAACACGCAUCAUUGAGACCCGAUGUUUUCAGCUCGCGUUACAUGUUGAACUAUGAGAACACUGGCCUCAUACUGAGCUCGGGGACCCCGUGGAAGGAACAGAGGCGAUUCACCCUGAGGACACUCAGGGAUUUUGGAUUUGGCAAAACCUCUCUGGAGGGUAUAAUUCUGGAUGAGCUCAGGGAACUUGUGGCUGAAAUCCGGCCUGAAGGAAUUUCGAAAGAUCAGCCGUUUGUUGCUGAACUUGAUUCCUGCCUGAACGCAGCUGUCACCAACGUUAUAUGGUGGCUUGUGGCGUCCAAACGGGUGACAAAACAUGACGAGGAAUUCAAGAACAUCCUGUCAAUCAUCGAGAAGAUUAUGGACUUCGGCAUAAUUAACGUGCUCACUCGAUUCCCCAUCAUCAACGUUUUCGAUUCGCCCACGCGGAUCAAUUGGCUCAAGGGACCCAUGGAGCGUCGGGAGUACUUUUACUCGUACAUGCAGAAAGUUUUGGACGAGCACAGAGCCACCUUGAACCACAGUGAACCACGGGAUUUGGUGGAUUGCUAUUUGAUCCACCAGGAGAAACUCGGGGAUUCUCCAGACAAUUUCAUGACAGAUAACAUGAUAAAAGCAAGUAUGGUCGACCUGUUUAUGGCCGGUGCGGAAACAACAUCAACCACUUUGCGCUGGUUUUUCCUGUACAUAGUGGAACAUCCCAAGGUCAUGAGCAGGAUUCAAGAUGAAAUCGACAACGUCAUCGGGAGCCAUCGAGCGCCAUCUUACGAGGACCAUGUCAACAUGCCUUACACUACGGCGUCCAUUUGGGAGCUGUGGCGAAUCGUCACUAUCACACCCAUGGGUGUCAACAGGCAGACAACGGAGGAAAUGAUGAUUGGAGGAUUCCGUGUGCCCAAGGGAGCCAACAUCAUGUUACAUCUGUUGACCAUUCAUCACAAUGAUAAAGAAUUCGAUUCUCCGUUGGAAUUCAAGCCCGAGCGUUUUCUCAAUGAAAAGGGGAAAAGACAAUGCCUCGGAGAGAGUCUCGCCAGAAUGAACGCUUUCUUGGCAGUCGUUUACUUGCUGCAAUUGUUCUCCUUUAGCAAAGUCCCUGGAGAGACUUACAGUCUGCGGCCUCGACCCGGAUCUUUCAUCAUCAAUACGCCUCGAGCUUAUAAAGUGCUUUUGACGCCGAGGCAGUGAUUGUCAUUUUGGCGCAUGAAGGACGAUUUUCUCCUAUCUCGGCCAAGGUGGAAGAAAACGUCCCGCACCACAGAUCCGUUCCCCUCAACGUUCAACCGGACGGUCCACAGAAGGAAGGAACAACAAAUAAAAAAUGAAAAGACAAAAAUACGGAACGAGAAAUUUCUUUCAAAAAAAAAAAAAAACGACAGAAAAAAUCCCUCUCAUUGCCCAGAAAAUCACGCGUUCGUGCGUGGAUUCCCAUUCACGAGCUUUUAAAACGUGCAAGUUUUACAGAACAUCAGGACCACAGAAAAAAAAAAAACAUCGCGUAACUAGAUUCUCUUCCCUUUCUGACUGGUCAGCAAAAUAAAGUCAGUCUUUUAUAAAUAAAAAAGUAUUCCAAGUCAAUGCGUGAACAUACAGUACUCACAGCUGGGGGGAAAAAACACGGUCGAAAUAGAAUAGAGCAAUUUUUCUGGAGUUCCUCCAACCAUUGGUCACAGUGAAAGCUCAAUAAAAGCAUGAAGAAUAGGCACUUCUCCAAAUUUAACUUGGCCCUUGCUCACAGUCAGUCAGAAACAGGACGUGAAAAUAUGCGGGGAUUUUUUUUGUCGAAAAAAAAAAUCCUCGUCCUGAAACGUUAACAUUUCUUUUCUUUUUUUUCCUUUUGACUACCCUUCCUCUCAAACUGGAUCCAGUUUCUGACAGUUGAACAUCGCAGACUUUCAAGUAACUCAAAAUUCUUUCUGGGAAUGACACAACCGGAAAUAUACGCAGGAAAACAAUACAUCCGCAUAAAACACAACAUGCCUCAUAUUCCAAAAGAAGAAGGGGAUGAUGAUAACCACGCGUGGGGAAGAGCUUAAUUACAAUUCCAGCGGCGACUCAUUAUCAUGGAAACACUUCAAUAAAAAUAAUCAAAAGUAUGUAACGGCUCCCUCAGAUUUCUAGCUCUUCAGAUCAACCUCAUACGCUCCGAGCAUUUCUAAAGAAACAUACAUUUUCACCACACACAAAAACAAAGAAAGAAAAAAAAAAACCUGAAGCUCUUACAAUGACAUUCCGGAAGCCAAAUAAAACGCAAAGAAACUAAUUUGUUUUUCUUUUUUGAAAAGAACUCACCGGUCCGGCACUAGUAGAUUCGACAGACAAGACAGUGAAGACACCUUUUGGAGAGAAGCGGGUCUCAAUCCUCAGUUUCCUGGUCCGUAGUACUCAGUCAUCAAUGAAGACCUCGUGUUGAGUUUGAUCACAUGUGCAGAGACGUCGCCGUGUAACGCACCUCCCUUCUAAACAUUCUCCAUUGCGUGGGACGAUACUGGAAAAAGCAAACAAACACGACAGUGUCAAACAGUUGAGAAGAGA